CGGGGGAACGCAGUUUAGACAGUAACCCAAGCCAGAACAAACUGAAGAGCUAAAAAUACCAACAGUCAACAAUCCUGCUGCUGUGGGACAGAGACGGGGCGUUGGGGGGUCUUUACAGAGGGGUUAGACCGGCUGGCAGAGGGAGUAAAGGGAUAGACAGCUGGGGAAAGAGACAUUGUAAAAGCUAGAACAGAAAACAGAGAGAAAAUACGACUUAAAAACACCAACAAAACUAGAAUAUACCCCUCUUGUGGUUCUCUGCUUGUUACCCCCUUCUGUCUUCUUGGAGGUUUGGCUCACCUCUCCCUGGAGGGGAUGAACUUUGCUGUCAGGCCUCCAUCAGCAGGCAGUUCUGGGCCCGGCGCUGGCCGAGGAGCCACCAUGGAGAACCUGGAGAAGCAGCUGAUCUGCCCGGUGUGCCUGGAGAUGUUCUCCAAACCCGUGGUCAUCCUGCCCUGUCAGCACAACCUCUGCCGCAAGUGUGCCAACGACAUCUUCCAGUCAGCUAACCCCCUGUGGCAGUGCCGCGGCUCCUCCAGCUCGGCUCCCAGUGGCGCUCGCUUCCGCUGUCCGUCCUGCCGCCAUGAGGUGGUGCUGGACCGCCACGGGGUCUUCGGUCUGCAGAGGAACCUGCUGGUGGAGAACAUCAUAGACAUCUACAGACAGCAGGAGUCCUCCAGGCUUGUGAACAUGAAGCCAGAGCAGCAGAAGCAGCAGCUGCUGUGUGAGGAACAUGAAGAGGAGAAGAUCAACAUCUACUGCCUGUCCUGUGAGACUCCGACCUGCUCCAUGUGCAAAGUGUUCGGAAAGCACAAAGACUGUGAAGUCGCACCGCUCAGCAGCGUUUAUGCGAGACAGAAGACAGACCUGAGCGACGGCAUCGCCAUCUUGGUCGCCAGCAACGACCACGUCCAGGAGCUCAUCUCUCAGAUGGAAGAAAUCUGCCGCACUAUAGAGGAGAAGGGUCAGCGGCAGAGAGAACAGCUGGCCCUCCGUUUCGACAGCCUGCUGGCCAUCUUGGACGAGCGGAAGCAGGAGCUGGUGGGGGUGAUCACCAAAGAACAGGACGACAAACUCAAUCGUGUUCAAGGUCUCAUCCGUCAGCACAGCGAUCACCUGGAGGCCGCGGUGACGCUGGUGGAGUCGGCCAUCCAGUCGAUGGGAGAGCCACACAUGGCUGUGUUCAUACAGAACGCUAAAGUCAUCCUGGAGAGGAUAGCAGCGACAGCCAGGGCCUCGAACCAGGAGCGUCCAGAGCCCGGUUACGAGAACAUGAGCCACUUCUUCAUCGACACCGACGACCUCGCUGACAUGCUGAGGAACAUGGACUUCUGCCCCGGUGUGGGAGAUAAUGGAGAAGAUCCUGAAGAAGAUGGAAACGAGUCAGAACUUGACUUCUGCUCCAGAUUUUAAGACGGAAACAGAGGCAGCUUUUGUUUUCAAUGACUCACGUGCAUUUUUAUAGGUUAAACAGUCGAGUAUAAUGAGUUAAUAUUCUCAUAUGGCACCCAACAGAAGGGACUACAAGGUGUUUGAUCCUGUCUUUAACCUCCCUGUUGACCUGUGUUGAUGAAUUGAUCGGGGUUCACAUGGCCGGGCCUUUGGGGUGUGUUUGGUUUUGGUUCACAAAGUGUCACAUUAGUUCCUCGGCUUCCAGUCAUCACCUGGAGAGGACAAACCUGUAUACCCGUCUCUGUUCUUGCCAAAUGUUUUUAUGUUUUACACAUGUAACCAACACACAUUGGACUGCAGAGUUUAAUUCAUAAUAUUUAGUUUGUGGGACUAAUAAGGAUUUUCUUUUUGUUGAUUUAGUCCUGAAUUAUAGAUAAGUCACUGUUUUGGUGGGGAAAUCUACAAUUAGGACC